AAACUUUGUAGUUGAAAGACGUGUUUUGCGGACUUUUGCGUCUUUUGAAAUUGGAAACGUAAUCUUUUCCGAAUUUAUUUACGAAACUCAUGAGAUAAAAUUAACUAUUUUUCUCUAUAUUAUUCACUAAUACAAAAUUUUGUCACUUGUGCAGUAAAGUCUUCCAAAGAUGCAAAUUAGAUUUCAUGCAUUAUCAGAAAAAUGUACGUGUUCAGUGAAACAUGAUUGAAUUGAAUUAACAACUAAAAAAAAUACCAGAGACUGAAAUUAAAAUGGGUUCUCCUCAGAAAGAUAUAGAGUUAAGUCCAGUGAAGCUCGACAACAAAUCUUCAGUGCCGGCUGAGAGGUUAGCGCUGCCAUUAAACGAUGAGGAAGAUAUUAUCAUCGGUAGAUUUCGAAAGAUAAGUUCAGCCAAGUCGAUGGCAGCGACUAAUGGAAAUAUCCAAUAUCCUACGGAGUUGCCAUCUAAGAGCGAGGACGUCGAAGUGGGAUUGCAGUUCAGGACGAAAGAGCCUGGAGAAAAGGAUCGGCUUCUUGCCGAGGCCCCUAUUAACGGACCCAAGAUCGUGGCCUCAGUUUCUCCUGUCACUAAGAGCAGCUUCCGAGAUGUGGAGAAGCCGUCCAGGUUCAAAGACCACCCUUCUGCCACUAGAUUUCAGAUGGAGGAUGACAGACAAGACAGCCACGUGACGGAGGACUCUGAAGGUUCGGGCAUGGAGAGUGACGACCCCCUUACAGCCACUGACACCAAAUAUGGCAAAAGUUUUAGACAUUUCACACGAGAGGCAUUACCGAGGCUGGACAACUACAGGAAUGUUCUAUCUUUACACGCCGCACCACGACCCACCCUGGAUGAACUACAUAACGCUUCACUUUCUAGGAAGCCAGGCCAAGCUAUAGAGAAAGACCUAGUGACUCCAACGAUGGGCAGCUCACAGGUCAAGUUCGGUUGGAUCAAAGGUGUGCUGAUGAGAUGCCUCCUCAAUAUCUGGGGGGUCAUGCUGUUCCUGCGUCUCUCGUGGGUCGUGGGGCAGGCUGGGAUUGUGCAGUCAUUCGUGCUGAUCCUCACGACGUCAGUGGUGACCACCAUAACUGCGCUCUCCAUGUCGGCCAUCAGCACCAACGGAGUCAUCAAAGGAGGCGGCACGUACUAUAUGAUAUCUCGCUCCCUCGGGCCGGAAUUCGGCGGGUCCAUCGGGCUCAUCUUCUCCAUGGCCAAUGCCGUCGCGUGUGCCAUGUACGUGGUUGGUUUUGGGGAGUCGCUGAUAACUCUUAUACCUGAGACUGCCUACAUGGUCAGCAAGAGUUGGGACCAAGCAAUAUACGGCUGUAUCACGAUAGUCUUUCUCACUGGUAUAGUGAUAGUGGGAAUGGAGUGGGAGGCCAAGGCGCAGAUAGUACUACUGAUCAUCUUACUGGCAGCUAUCGCAGACUUCUGCAUUGGCUCGGCAAUCGGACCUAAGUCCGACCUCGAAGUAGCCCAGGGCUUCGUGGGCUAUAAUAUGACGGUACUACAUCAGAACUUAUGGCCGGACUACCGCUUCUUCGAGGGGGUGGAGCACAAUUUCUUCUCCGUCUUCUCCAUAUUUUUCCCCGCCGCCACUGGCAUAUUGGCCGGCGCUAACAUUUCCGGCGAUCUCAAGGACCCGCAAAAAUCCAUCCCCAAAGGCACUCUCCUCGCAAUUCUCCUGACAACGAUCUCGUAUCUCCUCAUAGCCUUGAUAGCCGGCUGGAAUGUGCUCAGAGACGCUUCGGGAAGCAUGGACGACCUGGUCUCCUGGACCAUGUCGGAUUGCAAAGUCAACGGCACGUGCCAGUACGGGCUGCAGAAUAGUAAUGAGGUAAUCCGUCUGGUGUCAGGUUUCGGCCCUCUGAUCUACGGCGGGUGUUUCGCGGCGACCCUGUCUUCUGCACUGGCCUCGCUGGUUUCCGCCCCGAAAGUAUUUCAGGCGCUAUGCCAAGACAAGCUGUACCCAUAUCUGGAGUUCUUCGCGAAGGGCUACGGCAGCAACAACGAGCCAGUCAGAGGAUAUGUGUUGACGUUCAUCAUAGCCACCGCUUUCAUACUCAUUGGUGGCCUGAAUCAGAUAGCGCCGCUGAUCUCCAACUUCUUCCUGGCGGCGUACGCGCUGAUCAACUUCGCCACAUUCCACGCCAGCCUCGCGCGCCCGCUGGGCUGGCGGCCCACCUUCAGGCUGUACAACAUGUGGCUGUCGCUGGCGGGCGCCGUGCUGUGCGUGGGCAUCAUGUUCGUGAUCUCGUGGCUCACGGCGCUCGUCACCUUCGGCUGUCUGCUGACGCUCUAUCUGCUGGUCUCCUACCGGAAGCCCGAUGUAAAUUGGGGUUCCACUACGCAAGCGCAGAGCUACAAGACCGCGCUAUCCGGCGUACAUCAUCUGAACAGAGUCACGGAACAUGUUAAAAAUUACAGGCCUCAAAUUCUGGUGCUUACCGGUUUCCCGGCGGAGAGGCCUAUCUUGACAGACUUCGCAUAUCUCCUCACCAAGGGGCUUUCGCUGAUGCUGUGCGGGCAUAUUGUUCAGGGUCAGGUGAGCCACCGCGCGCGCGAAGCGUUGUCGUCCCGAGCGUACCAGUGGUUCACGAGGAGGAAGAUCAAGGCGUUCUACACCGUUGUUGACGACUCUAGCUUCAAAAAUGGCGCCAGUGCGCUCAUACAGACAAGCGGUUUGGGCAAGUUGAAGCCAAACAUAUUGAUGAUGGGCUUCAAAGAGGACUGGGUCUCCUGCGACCGGUCGGACAUGGUGGACUAUGUUGAAGUUAUGCACAAAGCUCUAGACGUUCAUAUGGCUCUAGCGCUAGUUAGAGUGGAGGGUGGACAACUCGCGGCGGACGCCUUAGAUGACGACCUUCAGGCCUUCCUGCAGGACGUGGCCUUACCCGGCGCCGCUACCACGCCUUUGAACAUGUCACGGUCCAUGGGCGAUAACUACAAAGAGGCCAAGUCUACUGAGAGCCUAAACCACUCCGUUGGAAGCAGUCUAUCAGACGUGUCGAUGGGGUCCCCGCAGCUGCGGCGCGCGGGCGUGGUGGCCGACCCCGGCGCUGCUCAGGGGAGCAAAGAUGCUACCAUCAUAGAGGAGAGUAGGUCGGGCGGGGGCGGCGGUGUGGGCGGCGGCGUGGGCGGCGCGGUGCGCAGGGCGCUGGCGGGCGGCGCGCGGCGCGCGUCCUCGUUCACGUCCGUGGAGCAGUUCACCAAGCGCCAGGCCGGCACCGUCGACGUCUGGUGGCUCUACGACGACGGCGGUUUGACCCUCCUUCUGCCGUAUAUUCUGUCGACGCGGCGAGCGUGGGCUUCGAGUCCAUUGCGCGUGUUCACUCUCGCUAACAAGAACACUGAGAUGGAGAUCGAAGAGAGAAAUAUGGCGUCGCUGCUAUCGAAGUUCCGGAUCGACUACUCCGCAUUGAAGAUGAUCCCGGACAUCACCAAGCGGCCGCGGGACUCCACACUCGCCUAUUUCGACAGGCUCAUAGCGCCUUUUAAGACGAGCGAUGACAGUAACGAACAUACGGGCAUCACGCAGGCGGACCUGGCGGCGGCGCGCGAGCGCACGCACCGGCACCUGCGCCUGCGCGAGCUGAUCGUGUCGCAGUCGGCGGGCGCGCGCCUCGUGUGCGUGACGCUGCCGCUGCCGCGACGGCGCGGAGUGGUGCCGCCGCCGCUCUACCUCGCCUGGCUGCACGCCAUCGCCACCGCCGCCGACCGCGUGCUGCUCGUGCGCGGGAACCACGCCGCUGUCUUGACUUUUUACUCAUAACACUUAUUUUUUCUGUGAGUUUAUUUCGUUUUGGUAGAUGUAUUAGGUAUGUUUCUCAUCUGAUAUAUAUGUAUAUAUUUUUGGUUGUUAUGAGAUGGAAUAGGUUUAUAUAUACAGGUAAUAUUGGUCGUGCGAGGUAACCAUGUCACUGGGUGCACUUUUUAUUCUUGACAUUAGUUGUCUUGGACUUGAUUAUGUUUCUGUUGAAUGCGAGAGCAUAAGCCUUCAAAAUACUCGAUUUUCUGAUAGGCGUGUUUCUCACAUACAUAGGUAAUAUGAGUGAUCUAUCUUAAAAUACCUGUAUCUCGCGUAGCUGCACGAUAUAGCUACUGCCGUCGAUGUUUUUCUCGUGCGAGAAAACCACACCGCUUUGUAUUUUUAUUCUUAACACCGACUUUUUAUGUUUGCGUGUUUCUCACAUAUACAAUACACACUUCAUUCUCAGAAUUUGAUUUGUGUAAUGAGAUAUAAUUUUCGAGUUUCUCAUAUAUAUAGCUCUCAUAUACUAGCGUUAAAGUACCGGCGUGUUUCUCAUAUACACAGAUAUCCUAAGCGAGAUUAUACCUAGUAUUUAUUCUGUAUUGCGAGAAAUAAUAGGCUAGUUUCUCAUAAUAAUAUACACAAGUAACAGAAGUGAUCUAUGUAGGAACUAGUGUUAAAGUACAGUCAACAACACAUCAUGUUGUGUUGUUGACUGUACUGUGUUGUUCACUUGAUGCAAUGGCAGUAUCGGUGAUUUUGCAAUUAUUUUAUGUAGGUAGAUGUGCGGUUGUCUUUUUGUGGUACCAACUUAAUCGUAUUAACAAAGCUAAAUAUAUUUUUGUAAUAAUAUGAAAUUUAGACAAUGAAACUUCGUUUUGACUUGCGUAUUUCAAAUGUAAUUUUAAAAUUAUUUUAUUCAUUUUUUGUUGAACCUUUGUUCGUUUUAGUUUAAUCGACAGACGAAUCUCGUUCAAUAUUCCAUUGAUAUGUCUAAUGUUGUGUUUAAAUAAAACAAUAUAGUUCAAUUUCAGUAAAUAUUACCAGUGAAAACAGGUUUUAGAAAUUAAGAAAUAUAAUUUCGUAAAAUGAAAUAUUAUGGUAUUAACUUUGACUAUAUGAAUCAUGUUUUAAAAGUGUGUGUUUGAAUAUUUAAUUGAUGUUUUUACAAUUCACGUCUGGUGUCGCGUGCGGAUUUACAAAUAUCAAAUGUUGAUGAAAAAUCGUGUUUCGUUGUAUGAUUUUGGUGUGUAGUGUAUUUAAGUUAAAACAUUAUUUACAUUCUAAAUAGUGCACUGGUGUAUUUGGCAAAAAUAAUAUUCACGAUUUUAUUCCUUUGACAUGAUUUAUUAAAGUCAACGUAUUUUUAAUGGUGAAGACGUUUUCUAAUUUUCAAUCUUAAAAUGUUUUCAGUAAGUCAUAAAAUACAACGGCAUAAUUAUUAUGAAUUGCAUAUGUGCAUUGUGGGUAAAUUAAUGUCUUAUAUAAUAUUUGAUACGUUUAUCUGUCUCAAAAAUCAGAUCGAUAUAAGUGAAAAUAAAAUCUAGAAUAGCUUUGAUCUGAACAAACAAAUCUCAAUGUUAUAAUAUUUUUGGGAAGUUUACUAAAUACCUAUUUAUUGCGUAGUUAAAAAUAUAAGUACUAGAACCUCUAAAAGAUUUUAUAGUAUGUGCCUACUUUUACGAUUUUUUAUGUACAUUUUUAUAUUAGCAUUUGACACCAUUUACAGAAUUUUUAAGUACAUUUUAUUGUUUAGACAAUUUUUACAUAACUAUCAUAUAUCGACCAAUGUUGUAAGUGAAGCGUGAAGUAGCCAUAUAUUUUUGGAUAUUUUUAUUAAAUUAAGGUGGAUUUGUAAACUAUACAAAGAUCAUAAGAAUGUACAUACAACAUUUUACUGUUUCGACAAUUUUACUAUUGUAUUCACAGAAAUGUAAAUAAUAUUGUAUUGACGUAUGAAUUGACUAUUAACAUGUGUUUUGUUAAUAUACGCGUAGAGGGUUCGCAUGUUUUUCAAAAAGGUACGCGAUAUCAUUUACACUUGUACAACCUUGCAGAUUGUUGUUAUAAAUUGAUAUUUUGUGUAUAGAAAUAAAUAAUAUUUAAAAAAACGCACGCAGAAUUUGUUAAGUAUUUUUUCAUGAAUAUGAAAUACGUGUAUAUGCAUUUUGGUUUAAAAAAAAAAAUACAUUGGAUUCUUUUUUUGGAGAUGUUAAUUAAAUAAAUGGUUAAUUAAAGUUUAAUUCUUAGUUCUUUGUGAGUAAUCUCAAGCAGUUACGCUUUUUAAGUCGAUUAGUGGUCGGUUACCUUUAUACAUAUUAUGUGUUUGUCUACGUCUAAAAGGUAGAUAUUCUUAAAAAAAUUGAACAUGUCUAUACUACGUUCGCUUUAAAAUAAAAUUCUACCUGACGAACCUUUAUACAUUCCUUUAGAACUAUCACAAUAAGAAUGCUGCGACAAUAAUUUAGUAUCGUAAUAACAAGACGACAAUUUAUUGGUAAAAUAGCGAGUGGUUUUAUCAAUUCCAGUGUCCACUCAUGUUUUGCAAACCCUUUGAUAAAUAAUUUCAAUUGAAGCAGUGAAUUUUGUAUAGAUUUUUUUUGUUUCACUUUUUAAUUUUUUUAUCUUUUUCUUUGAUGAAAUUUUCAAAACUUUUCUCAAUUUUUCAAUUAUAUUGUUUAUCAAAAGGGCUAAAUUGUUUUGAUUGUUUUUUUUUGUUAAUGAAGUUGUUUACAUUUACAUGGUUAUUUAUAUGUUUCACCGAUAAUUUAUGCAACCCUCUUGUUUUAUUUAUUACAAGCUAGUGAUAGGAUAAAGCACUUUACGUACUGUACUUGUGAAAAAUGGUUUGUUUGAGAUUGAAUAAAUGACGUGAUAAUA